CGUGCAAGCGGAUCGCCGUCUUCCGUCAGCCGAAACGUCGAGCUCGGUUUCGCCAUUGAAGCCGAAGGCGAGAGAAGCUUCCUUCGUUUCCUCCUAUCCUCGCCGGCGCUUUCCUCCCCUCCAUCCCUCGUCAGAUCCACCGCGAUGUUGAAGCGCGGGAGCAGAUCGAAACAAUGGUUUGGCGUUUGUAACUUGAGCGUUCCGGCUCUGGUUACGUAUGCCGCACUGGUUGUUUUAGCUCUGGUUCUGUUCUACUGGGGUGGUGGUAAAGAGCCAGUGCCAGUGCCAGUGCCGGCGCAUGUGAAGCAAAGAUGGGAUAGGUUCGACUCUUCGGUUCAGUUUCGCCCUGUUGUGGAGCUCAGGAAUGGGACGGAUUUGAUAUCGCAGAUACCCGAUUCUCCGAAAGCAGUGCUGUUUAUAGCUCAUGGGUGUAAUGGCAGAGCUAUCAAUUUUUGGGACAGAUCUCCUACUUGCCAGCAAUGCGUUGGUUUGCCUGAAGAAAGACUACUUGUGCUUGAAGGUCUUUCUAGGAAAUUCGCCGUUCUCACUGUCUCCAGCGUGGGAAGAUGCUGGACAAUGGGAGAGGAAAGGUUAAUUGUUAGAGAUAUCAUUCGAUGGUGGGUUGGGAAGAACAAGCUCGAAAAACUUCCUCUUGUGGCUUUAGGGGCAUCCUCUGGUGGUUACUUUGUUUCUGCCCUCGCAACAAAUUUGAGGUUUAGUAGCAUUGUGCUGAUGAUUGCGGAGGGGAUAUUUGAUCAGAUGGAUGUACGAGAGGAUUAUCCGCCCACCCUAUUUGUUCACAUGCCCAAGGACACCAUUAGACAGCAGAAGAUAGAUGAAUUCAUGCCAGAUUUGAAGAGUAAGGGGAUUGAUGUUGCUGCAGUCGAAUGUGUGGAGUUUCCUCUGUCAGCUAGUACUUUGGCUGAUAGAAUUCCUGGAGUAGAUGAAAAUGUCUCAGCCAAGUUAUUUGAGCUGUUUCGUAGUAAGGGCUUUGUAGAUGCAAAUGGGUAUAUGAAGAGGGAUGGGCGUGCUAUGCGCUGGAAGAAGGCUCUUCAGGAGAAUAAGAAUAUAUUGCUGGAUAGGCAACUGGUUAAUCAUGUCCAGGAGGAGUUGAACCUUGCAUUUGCAUAUCAUGAAAUGACAAGCUUGCAGUCCGAGCAAAUAUUUAAGUGGUUUGAGUCUCACAUGAGCUGAUUUUGGCAGCAAAUUUUUCCUUUCGUUUGGGAUGAGCUUUGCAUUGGUGCUUAAGUAUCUAAUGUCUGCUCUCCCCUGAUUGCUUCUCAUUCAUAAAGCUCCGAACUGAACUUGGCCUGAAAAGUGUUGAUGGACGCAUAAGUUCCCUUGUUGAGUUUACAAUGUGUAGAGACAUGAAGCGUCAGCACUGGACUCUGACUGAAAAGCAAUGCAAAACUGAUCAGUCCCCGACACGACAACUGGAACGUAUGCAAAUUUCUCCUCUGUUGGGUGAAAGUAAUGCUGAAUGUGAAAUUGGAUAUUGUGAAUCAUAUGGUGAUCAACUGGUGUUUUUUUUUUUUUGUUACCUCCCUUUAUUCAACCAACUUUCUUGGUCUACCCUAUGCACAUCUGAACAGAGUAGCCCUCUUGGCACUUGACUUUGUAAGUUUUUAACUUCUCUCGAGGGGGUCACACGCCAAGAGGUAGAUGGUGGUCUUUCUAGAGACAUGAACUAUGAUUCAAUACAUGGUUUUGGGUACUUAUAUUCAAUUGUUAUCUCAUCAAAGGUGGGUACUUGAAAGAAGCA